AUUCUUUUCCACCCUUUCUUCCCAAACAGAAUACGAAGGAUCCCCCCGGCGGUUUGGAUUAAGUUUGAACGAGGACAGCUCGUCGUCGUCCUACUAUAUGUCGUCUAACUACAAGCUCAACCUGACUUCCCCAUCGCUACUGACACCGCCCCGUCCAGGCUUCCCACAGCGAGUUGUAUCAUCACAGCAGACGGCAAAUAGUACAAGUAAUACAAGUACUGCCACCACUACUCCCACUCCAAAUGGGCCUGGUUCCAGCAUAAGCAGCCACCACCAUCCGUACCAUCCAACCAGGUCUCCCACGUUACUGGAGCAGGUCAGUUCUGGACUGAACAGUUCGGUCACGUUCGAUGCCAAUGCUUUGCUCAGCGAAUUUGACGCCAAACGGGCUGCCGUCAGUGCGAUAAGCAUCAACAGUGGCAGUUCGCCUAAUACGGUGGAUUCGUCAUCACUGGAGAUGAACAAGCUCAACGUGAUACGAUUGGACAGCGAUUACCGGGGUGAAGAUACGGCGGAGGAAAUUCCCACCAAACGGUCCACGCCGGAAAUUAAACCCUCGCUGGGACUGAUUUCCACCACGGCUGACGAUAAUCCAACUUUUGGUGCUGGGUCCUUUACGACGCCCAUCACCGCCUCGUCGACGUUCGAUUAUCUGUACGAGUUUUCCGAGACGCGCAAGGUGCUGGAGGAGUUUUUCAAGUGUCCCACGACGGAGGAUGUGGAGAAGGCGUUCGAAAAGUUUAGCGACUACAACGAGAGCGGGGAUGAUGUCGAAAGUUUGGACAUCCAUUAUGACUACCCUAUCGAGAUGGGGGACAGCAAGGCACUGGAGACGACCUACAUCGGAUCUACCGUCGUCUCUGUUGAGCAGCAGAAACCAAUGACGUCGCUGACCACUGGCUCCGGCGGCAUAGCCAGACAGCAGGAUAUUAGCACUAAUGCAGCUCGUAAAUCGCCAAUCAAUAAUAAUAAUAGCGACGCCGAAGCAGAUGGCGAUGACGAUGAUGUUGCUGCAAAUGGUGAAGAGCUUGAGGAUGGCGAAGAAGACGGCGAAGAAGAUGACGAAGACGAGGACGACGAAGGCGAAGGGGGCGUCGGCAACAAUCUGAAGUAUAUGAUCAACGUAAAAAGUAAACCAAGAAUUAAAAACGGGUACACCAGCUUCCGGAAGAAGAAACAGGAAAAGAAGCUCGCUGGAAUGGGAUCGAAUGUUCUUUCCGGAAUUGUUACCGUUGGUGGCGGAAAUGACGAUGAUAAUGACGGAGAGGAUGAAGAAGAAAUAGAUAUUUAUAGUGCGAAUCAUCAUCUUCAUCACAGUUUCCACCACCAACAACAGCAACAGCAACAACGACUACAGCAACAAUCUCAGGAACACCACCAACAGCA